AUGGCGUUGUUUUGGAGGAAGAAUAAUUCGGCAUCUUUGUUGGGUUAUUCUAAGAAUCAUGUAGAUGUGGAGGUAAGGGCUCAGAAUGGUAAACAGUGGCGAAUGACAUGUUUCCAUGGGCAUUUGGAUCACAGUAGGACGUGGGAGUCCUGGGGUUUGUUGGAAAGUUUGAAGGCUAAAUCCUUGCUGCCCUGGGUGGUCAUAGGGGAUUUUAAUAAUCUUCUAUUUCAGUAUGAGAAAAGAGGAGGGAAUCCGUACCCGAAUCACCUCUUACGAGGCUUUGGGGAGACCUUAGAUGGUUGUGGUUUGAUACAGUUACCUAUGUGGGGCCAUCAGUUUACUUGGGAGAAGAGUAGAGGGACGGACAAUUGGAUUGAGGAGAGACUGGAUAAGGUUUUAGCCACAGCUGAUUGGAUGAGGGGUGUAGGGGGUGGUGGCAGCGGCCUGGCAGGGAGGAGGGUUGAGGGGUUGCUGAAUUGUCAGCAACGGUGUGGGGAGAGGUUGAUGAGGUGGGGUGGAGAGAACUUCCAUAAGUUUGGAGAGCGUAUUGGGAGGUUGAAAAAGAGACAGGGAGCUAUCCGGAAUAGGAGGGACCCGGCCGCGUUGGCCGAGUUCCACCAGAUCGAUGUGCUCUUAGCCCGACUGGAGGCGCAGGAGGAUGUGUUCUGGAGACAACGAGCAAAGCAGCACUGGCUACGUGGUGCAAAUGCAAAUACGAGGUUCUAUCACAGAGGGAAUGAUAUGUGCUCUGUUAUCCUUGACUAUUUUCGACAAAUUUAUACAACUGAGAGUACUGCUUUUGAUGAUGCUAUGCUUGAUAAUUUUGCCCCGCGAGUAACGCAUGCUCAGAAUGAAUAUUUAUUGCGUCCGUUUGGACCAGAAGAUGUGAAAGAGGCAAUAAGUUCCAUGUAUCCUGACAAGGUGCCUGGCCCGGAUGGAUUGAAUCCAGGCUUUUACCAGCACUUCUGGGAUGAUGAAACCACUAAUGGGGGGCCUGAUCUCAGAGUCUCAAGUGCGUUUAUUCCCGGGCGCCUGAUCAUGGAUAACAUCCUUGUUGCAGCAGAGGUGGGGCAUUAUUUGAAUAGGAAGCAAUGUGGGCUAACAGGAUGGAGUGCCUUAAAGCUUGAUAUGUCGAAGGCGUAUGACAGGAUGGAGUGGGCGUUUUUGCAGAGAAUGCUGUGUGCUUUUGGGUUUGAUCAGCGGUGGUUACCCUUAUUAUGCAUUGCGUCACAACUGUGA